AUGGGCGCCUAUUUGAGUAAACCAAUAACGGAAAAAGUAUCCGAAUGUGGUGGCAAUGAGCGAAUAUAUUAUGCUGCAACAAGUAUGCAAGGAUGGCGUAUCAAUCAAGAGGAUGCACAUAAUUGUAUUGUAAAUUAUGACGACGAUUCAUCCUUUUUCGCAGUAUACGAUGGUCAUGGAGGAAGUGAAGUGGCACAGUACAGUGCAAAUCAUUUGCCAGAUAUGUUGAAAGGAAAUAAUUCAUGGUUUUCGGGUAAUUACGCAAAAGCUAUACAGGAUACUUUCUUGGAAUUGGAUGAAUUAUUAAGGUCAGAGGCGGUUAUGAGAGAACUGAAGAAAAUGGCAGGUAAUGUGGAACCAAAACACGACGAAUUAAGCGAUGAUGACGAGGAUAAGCAAGCGUUGUAUGAAGAAGCUGGAAUGCCAAUUGAAACCAUACUAGAAAGAUAUGGAAUUCUUUUACAUCGAGAGCAGAACGGCAAGCAGUCAGUCAUUAAUCUCGACGAGUUGCGGACACAGUUUGAACAUCAAGAUGGAGGAGACGAGCAGAUUCAGAAAAUGGAAGAGACCGCGAAGAAAACUGAAGAAAACGGAUCAGAUGUGUCUGAACGAGGAACAAAUGGAAAAGAUUCGAAUAACGAUGCUGUGAUCGACAAAGAAAUUAAAACCGAUGGAAAUCAGCUAGAAAAAACGGAAGAAAAGGUAGUGGAAGAGAAAGCCAAAAAACAAAUGGCAGUGGAAGAGAAACCCAAAAAACGACUGAGUGACCCAGUGUUUCCCAGUAUCCUAAAAGCAAAGCGCACCAAAUCCGCAAAUGAUAUUGACGAAGGUACAUCGGAUAGUCAGAGCAAGGAUACAUUCCCAGGUAGAUCAACGGUCGAUAAAUCGGAGGCAGCGAUUCAAGAUGAAAGGUGCGAAAGUGAAACAGCAAAUAGUGAGCCAGAAGUUGCGGGUCAUGCUGAAGUUGAUACUACUAUAACUUCAAGCGAUUCAGGUGAUGGAGAUAGCUCCAUACCACCUAGCGAGAAUCCUCAUCCUUCUGCAGCUUCCGAUGUGCAGGUUACAUUUUCCUCGGAUUCAGAGUCAGUAGAUGAAGAUUACAACGCUGAUGAAGAGAUGAGUGAAGGUGAUGAGGAAGAGGAAAUGGAUGAUGAAGAAAUCGAUGAUACUGAACAGACCUAUUCUUGCUCGCCAGGUGAUACUCCAGGUGAAGAUUCAGGCACGACAGCAUGCGUUGUUAUAAUUUUCAAGGAUAAAGUAGUAGUUGGCAAUGCGGGUGAUAGCCGGGCAGUACUGUGUCGUAACGGUGUAGCUGUUGAAUUGUCAGUUGAUCACAAGCCGGAAGAUGAUAUAGAAAGGAGGCGAAUUGAGACAGCUGGAGGCGAAAUUAGUUUGGAUGGCCGGGUUAACGGUGGCUUGAAUCUUUCCAGAGCCUUAGGUGAUCAUUUCUAUAAGAAAAAUGCUGCAUUACCAUUAAAAGAGCAGAUGAUCUCGGCAUUACCUGAUGUUAAACAAUACAAAAUUUUGCAAGGCGACGAAUUUAUCAUUAUUGCUUGUGAUGGUAUAUGGAAUUCCCUUACUAGCCAAGAAGCGGUUGAUUUCAUACGGCGAAGGAUAACUGAUGGUGUCAGUCUCAAGGAUAUUUGCGAACAGAUUUGCGACCACUGCUUGUCACCAAAUACAGCUGGAGAUGGCACUGGUUGUGAUAAUAUGACGAUAAUUGUAGCACAAAUAUUGCGCUCAGCAUCAUCAACACAGCAACUACCGACGCCAUCGUCAUCCUAA